AUGAAUAGACUGUUUAAGACAACUGUAGACAUCAUUAGUAGAUCUCAUUUCAUCAAUAAUUCAUUUAAUAAUAGUUUAUUGAAAUUAUCGCCAAAAAUAUCACAGUUAGCAGUCAUGUCGUCAUCGAUGGCCACUCAAGAUAUUGCCGCCGACCGUAUCAAAGGUAGUCAAGAAAGUGUUUGGGUUGAAUUCAUACAAUUGGCGAUCGAUUAUAAGCCACUGAAUUUAGGACAAGGAUUUCCCGAUUUUGCUGCCCCGAGACAUGUCUGUACCGCACUAUCCGAGGCCACACUCAACGAUGACAAUGUCCUACUAAAUCAAUAUACCCGUGGAUUUGGUCAUCCUCGACUGGUCAAUGCACUGAGUAAACUGUACUCCCAAUUGUUAGGCCGGGACCUGAAUGCCCAAAAGGAAGUACUGGUAACGGUUGGCGCCUACGAGGCCUUGUUUUGUACAUUUAUGUCGCUAAUCAAUCCGGGCGACGAAGUUAUUAUCAUUGAACCGUUUUUCGAUUGUUACGAACCGAUGACCCGUUUGGCUGGCGGUAAACCGGUAUUCAUACCGUUAAGGCCGCAACCGAUAACCGACCGGCCGUUGUCCAGCAAAGAUUGGCUUCUGGAUGCCAAAGAAUUGGAGUCAAAGUUUAGCCCGAAAACCAAACUGAUUGUUGUCAAUACACCUAACAAUCCAUUAGGAAAGAUCUAUACGAAAGAUGAGCUCCAAAUGAUCGGUAAUUUGUGCAAAAAAUACAAUACAAUAGCCGUUAUGGACGAAGUCUACGAAUGGAUUUCCUAUAAAGGAGAACAACACUUACGGAUGGCAUCAUUGCCAGAUAUGUGGGACCGAACCAUAACUAUAGGAAGCGCCGGUAAGACAUUUAGUGUGACCGGUUGGAAGUUGGGCUGGGCUUACGGACCCGAACAUCUACUACAGCCGUUGCGUAUGGUUCACCAAAACAGUGUCUAUACCUGUGCGACACCCAUUCAGGAGGCAGUGGCCGCCGGUUUUGAACUAGAAUUACAACGAUUCGGUAAACCCGAGUCCUAUUGGCAAGAAUUGCCGGAUAUGUUGGAACCGAAACGCAACCGAAUGGCCAAGUUUUUGUCAUCAGUAUCGAUGAAUCCGACCGUUCCCGAGGGCGGCUAUUUUAUGAUUGCCGACUUUUCCAAAUUGGCCGAUAAGCUGGACUUGUCGUCCGAAACGGGAACCCGGGACUACAAGUUUGCCAGAUGGUUGUCAAAAAAUAAGAAACUUCAGGGCAUACCUACCAGUGCUUUCUAUUCAGAAGAGCACAAACAUCUGGCAGAAAAUUUGAUUAGAUUUUGUUUUAUCAAAAAAGACGAAACACUGGAAAAAGCUGAACAAAUAAUCAAUGAUUUGAAGACAAGUCUUAAAUGAGUUGUUAGUUAGCUAUUAAUAUCAAAAAAAUUAAUAUUUUUAAAUGUUAUUAUCAUUAUUUUUAG